AUGCUCAGCUGGAAACCAUCAUAUCCCCCUUGUCCUGAUUUAACUUCUUCUAUAGAAACAAUAGCAAAUGCAAAAGAGUUCAUUAAUCAAUUGGAUGAACAUCUCAUGAAUAAUAAUGGUGUUGUCUUAUUUGAAAAAAUUGUUACUUUUAUCUUUAACCAACCUACUUUGGGUUAUGUAGCUGUUCCUCAUUACAUUCGGUUCAACGAAAAAACUCCAAUCCCUUUAAUUAAUUUUGUAAGAUAUAUUGUUCAAUAUGCACCAUUUGAUGAAUUACCAGAUUGUAUUCUCCCAUUAAUUGUAUCAACAGCAAUUGAACUAAUUAAAGGACAUGAACCUGAAGACACUUUAGAUGAUCAAGAUAAUUUAUUGUAUGAACUCUACAAAAUUCUUAUACAGGCAAUUAUUAUUGAUGAAAAAAUAAUUGACUUAAUCAAUAAAACUAUUCACAUCAUUAUUAAUCAACUUAUUUCAAUUCAUCCACUACAAUUUAAAGAACUCAGAAAUACUGUUUAUCAACUUAUAUCUUAUUUACCAAAUAAAGAUGAAAUAAUGAAUCAAAUUGUAAGUCAAUUAAUCACUCAAUAUCACCAACAAUUCAUUAAUUCAUUAUUUAUUAAAUCUAAUAAUUCAAAUAAAUAUUGUGGAAUGGAGAAUUGUGGUGCAACUUGUUAUAUUAAUAGUGUCAUUCAACAACUUCAUAAUAAUGAAUCUUUUAAAGAGUCUAUUCUUCAAAGUGAUUGUGGUGAUUCUUGUUUCAUAUUAAAAACAUUAUUUGAACGAAUGGAACAAAACAAAAAUUGGAUUGUAACAAGAGAUAUUAUUGAAAACAUUCUUGGACCAUCUAACAAAAUUGAUAUUAGUGUUCAAGAUGAUGCAUAUCUCUUCUUAACUAAUUUACUUGAUAUUCUUAAUGAAGAUAACAAAAUACCAACUAACAAUUGUAUCAAUGAAUUUAAAAUUAUAACAAAAACAAUAUUGAAAUGUACAGAAUGUCAAAAAAUUCGUGAAAGAAAUGAAAUAAACACAUCAAUAUCUGUAGAUUCUGUUAAUAAUGAAUCAUUAGAUCAAGCACUAAAUAAUUUAAUUAAAGAAGAAGAAAUGAAUGAUAUUGAUUGUCCAUUUUGUAAUAAGAAAACAAAACAAAUCAAACAAAUAAGUUAUGAAUCAUCUGAGAAUCUCAUCAUUGGAAUUAAUAGAAAUAAAACUAUUGAAGGAGGAAGAAGUUAUAAAUUCAAUAAACGAUUUGAGUUUCCUCUUAAAAUGAAAUGGAAAGAUAAAGAAAUGGAAUUAAAUGGACUUGUUUUACAUAGUGGAACAACAGAAAUGGGACAUUAUACCUCAAUCAUUAAAGAUAAUAAUGGAAAGUGGUGGAAAUGUAAUGAUAAAGUUGUUGUUGAAUAUAAUGAAAAAAGAAUCCUUGAAGAUGGAUAUGGAACGGUGAGUAAUUCAUUAUCAGCAUCAAUUCUAUUUUAUAAAAUAAAUGAAUCUAAUCAAAUUCAAAAUUCUAACAAAGAACAAAUUCAAAAUAUUAGUGAAUAUAACUCUAUGAAUAGUAUUGUCCAUGAUAAACAACUUUAUGAAUGGACUGAAAAACAAAUAAUUGAUUCUUCUUCACAAUGGAAGAGUCAAGAAUGCAUUGAUUUAAUUACUCUCUUACUCUAUAAAGGAGAUUAUUUAUUCUUUAAAGAUAUUAAUUCUUUAAUUCCUAUAAUAAAAAAUAAAUCAAUUACAAUAAUACAAGAACUUGUUUCAAAACAAAAUGAAUUACCUACAAUAAUUACUGAUUGUAUUGUUGGUAUAACAACAUUAAAAAAUGCCUUAAUAUGUAUUGAACUAUUUGAUAAAUCAUCAGAAAAUAAUACCUGGAUUACAACUAAACUUGUUGAAUUAAUACCAAAAUAUACUACUUCACAUCAACAUAUCCUUCUUUCAAAAUUGUUCCUAAAAUGUAAUGAAUGGUUUGGUUUAUGUGAAGUAACUCCAUAUGAAAUGUCAAUUCUUCACUUGCUUAUCCAAUCUUCUUCUCUUUCAGAAGAGUCAUAUCAACUACUUUUAGUUCUAUGUAACUAUUUUCAACAAUGGCUUAUUCAAAACAAUAUUAAAUUUAUUCAAGAUGUACUAUCAUUAAUUACUACUACAUCUCAGUUAAAUAAUAUUAAACAAUACAAAGACUCAUUAAAAAAACUCAUCAAUACUACAGGAACUCUUCUUAAUCUUCUUCCUCUUCUUAAAUCACUCAUACAACGAUUAAUCACAGAAAAAGAUACUGAAAAACAAAUAAUAUUGAAAGAUUUAAUUGUUACAACACAAUGUACAAUUAAAUCAGAGAAUAGUCGUAUAGAAAUAAUGGAUUAUUAUAUGACUCUUCUUUUAAACCAUUCAAUACUUCAAGAAUGUUUUGAAAAAUUUAUUAAUUGA